GGGGAGGGACGGACGCUGGGAGGGAAACUCAGACAAGAGGACCUGCCAGGGGUGGAGACGAGGCGUCAGGUGACUCGGCCCACCUGCACAGCAAGACUGUCUCUGGUGGGACGAACGGAGGCUUGGCUGUCAAGCCCCCAUGUUAAAUGCCAUCUGAUCGGGGAGGCGCCACCCAGUCGGGCUCCUGGGCCGCAGGGGUGGGGCUGGCAGUCAGGGCACAGGUGUGGCGCUCCCACGGUGGCAGGCGGCCCAGGUGGACUCUCCCACAGCUCGCCGCCCUUGGGGCCGCCGGCCAGCCCCCGACACGUCAGCUCAGCUCCCGGCUCAGCCCGGCUCCCAGGAACCUCUGGGCGAUGGCUGGUCUGAACGUGUCCCUCUCCUUCUUCUUUGCUACCUUCGCCCUCUGCCAGGCGGCCAGGAGGGCGUCCAAGGCCCUGCUCCCCAGGGGCGCCUAUGACCACUUUGCCCGGGAGGCAGCGGGUGCGGCCCAGCUGGGGGCCUGCUGCUUGGAGAUGCGCGUGUUGGUGGAGAUCGGCCCCUGGGCGGGGGGCUUCGGCCCUGAUCUGCUGCUGACCCUGCUCUUCCUGCUCCUCCUGGGGCACGGGGCCACCCUGGACGGGGCCUCGGCCAAUCCCACCGUGUCCCUGCAGGAGUUCCUCCUGGCUGAGGCCUCUCUGCCCAGCACGCUACUGAAGCUGGCGGCCCAGGCGCUGGGCAUGCAGGCGGCCGGCGCACUGACACGGCUCUUCUGGGCCUGGGAGCUCAGUGACAUGCACGUUCUGCAGAACCUCAUGGACCUGCACUGCAGCACGGCCCUGCGCACGGCCGUGCCCCACGGCGCGCUGGUGGAGGGCUCCGGGGCCUUCUUCUUCCACCUGACCUUCCUCCACCUCCGAAACACCCUCCCUGUCUGCAGGGUGCCGGCCGUGGCCCUGCUGGUCACCGUCAUGGCCUGUGCAGCUGGGCCCCUCACGUCCGCCUUCUUCAACCCCACCCUGGCUGCCUCGGUCACCUUUCACUGCUCGGGGCACACCUUGGUGCAAUACGCCCAGGUAUACUGGCUGGGCCCUCUGACAGGGAUGGUCCUGGCUGUGCUGCUGCAUCACGGCCGCCUCCCACGCCUCUUCCAGAGGAACCUGUUCUACAGUCAGAAGAACAAGUACCGAAUCCCCAGAGCGAAGCCUGCCCAAGGGCCCGGAGACACCGAGAGGCCUGCGGAGGGGUGCAGGGGGCAGGGGCUCGGGCGGCGUCGGGUGGGCGGCAGCCGCCAAGCCCCCGCUGGGCCAGGAGGGUCCCUGUGAGCAUCACGUGAGCACCUGGCCCUGGCUGGAUCCCGGGACCUCCCUGAGCUGAGAGGGGACCCAACCCACACCCCCUUCCUCCCCAGAAACCAUUUGUCAGUAAACCACCCCAAGCCCUGCCGUCUCCCUGGGCCCGACAGGCGUCUGAGGGCAGGCGGGGUGAGGCAGGCACCCCCUGGAGGCUGGGCCUCCAUCUUCCCACAGGGCCUCUCUCGCCUCCUCUUUGUGGAGUCAGAAUCAAAGCUGAGACCUAGGGGGACAGGCUGGAGGUCCAGGGUGAGCCAACCCGGUCCCGAGAAGGCCCAAGGGUAGGACAUCCCACAGACGUGCCCUCCUGGCCUGGACGCGCCCCAGCACCCCCAGCCCGGGGGACCUGAACGGCCACCACACCUGGAGACCUGCUUGGAACGGUGUGGCUGGAGCCCGAGGCUGCAGGGGAGUGGGCUGGACACAGGGCACCCAAUCCCACCAUCCGCCAGUGCCCAGACCCGCAGGUCCCCACAGCCAGGCACUGGGGCCCUCACUGCAGAACCCCCGGGCUCCCCGCCAGGCUGAGAGGAGCCCCAGCCAUUUUCUCCCCAAAGACCAGAGCUGAUCUGGAAUCUUCCUCCCCAAGAGAACAAAGCCCCCUCGGCUGGGGGUUCCUGGAGACCCAUCCAGAGAGCAAGGCUGGCAGGGAGGCCCUGGGCAGCCUUUCCCAGGGGACGCCAUGUGGAGGCUGUGUCUUCCUGCACCAGCUCCCUGGGGGUGGGAGAGAAGGAAGGCUCCCCACCCCGCUUCCUGUGGCCGCCUCUUUGCCCCCUUAAAUCUGCCCCCCAGUGCAGCCUGGCAGUGAGGCCGCCCUGUGUGAGCCCUAGUCUCCUCCUCCCCUCCAUGGAGUGGCCGCCAGGGAGGGGCGAGCAGGCCCAGGCGUCCCAAGGCCUCCGUGGGAGCAGGCCUGAGAGCCAGCCCUGUGCGGCUUCCAGAGAGAGAACGGUGCACACGGAGGAUGAUGGAAAGCGGCCAACCAGCACUUCUCACAGGGGGCUCUGUGUGCAAUGUGCCACGGCCAGCACUGCGGGGCGGUCUCCGCGGCAGCAAAGGUCAGAGAGGUCGUAACCCCGGGUAGAAAGAGGGGCUCCCCACUGGGCAGCACCAGGACCGGGGGGUGGGGGGCAGCACAUCCGUCCCCGCAGAACGUCCCUGCAGCCUCCGCACAAAUGCUCCCAGGGCAGGAAUGCUGGUGCCUGGGCAGUCAAUUUUAUCAGCAAAUCAGUUCAAGAAAAGCAAAUACGUGGACAUUGCAAUAAAGCGUAUCAGCAAGUUAUUAAAAUUAUUCUAGGAGUUUAGAAUUUUGAUUUUGGAAAACUUCAGCAUUGCAAAGCAAAAUCCACAGGCUUGGAAACAAAAAUUAAAUUUAAGGAACACCGCAUUAGGCAGAAAAGAAAACUUUCAUAUGAUGCUUUGAUGAACCAAUUACUACUGACAUGGACGGUAACUUAAAAACUAAUUUUUCAGUAUAAUUGAAGAUGCAGUGAUAAAUGCGCAAAGAAGUCCUGAAAACGAUGUGCAAAUCACGACUCAGUUUCUUACAUGAUCUCUGCAAGUUACAGGAAAUAUUAGAAUGACACUAUAGAUUUACAUUUAAAUUCAGACUUUCACAAAACUCACUUGUAUGAAGAGUUAAAUCUUUUUAAAAAAAUUGCUCUGAAGGAGUCAUCAGCUCAAAUGUCCUAAAAUAUACCUUUCAAAAUACUUAGAAAGUAUCGCAGUGUCAUCACAGCCCGCCAACACCCCGAACAGCCCCAGCCACGGUUUCGUCAGCAGAAAGAUCCUUCUCAAAGUGGAAAGUUGCCAAAAACGAUCUGUAAUCCUGCAUCUGCCCAGAGUGACCAGUUCUGCUUUCAGUUAGACUAGCUGAAAACGAAGUUGCUGAACGUAUAAAUUUUGAUUCCCUAAUUAAUGAAUUCGCAGGAAAGGGAGACUGGAAACUCGUACGAUCAAUCAAGACCUCUCAUUAAUAAAGUGUGACUUAUUGUGUUAUAUAAAAAUCACACCAAGUUUUCACACCAAGUUCACACUGUGUUCACAUAAAACAAUCAGCCAGUUAUUUACCAGCAAAGUGGUCUCUCUGGCCGCAGCAAAGAAUUUCAAUUCAGGACACGCAACCAGGAUGUGGGCAUGAACAGGAUGGCAAGCAAAUCCUGUUUGAAAAAAGGCGAGGAAACCCGUGUGGAGGAGCAGGGCAGUGGGAG